CCAAUGCAACCAACAAUAAAACAAUAUCCAGGCAAUUCGUCUGAAGGUGAGACGGUGGUCUUGAGAUGUGAAAGCCAUUCGUCGACAUUUCCCGAGAAUCAUAAUCUGACGAUGCUCUAUGAAUGGAAACGAGAUGAUGCUAACAUUACUGCAGUAAGCAGGUUCUCACUACACAAGAGAGUAGCGUCUGGACACUUGGCAAUUUCAGACGCGAAAAUAAUGGAUACAAAACAUACAUUCACAUGCAUUGCGAUCGAAGAGGGAAGUGGAAUGAGUACAGAAAGUAUUGGAUAUAGGCUCAAAUUACAAGGUAGACAUGAUGGUUGCCUCGAUAAACAAAGGCGCUGUACAUUCGACCCACCAGUUACGGGGACGGUGAUCGGUGCCUUGAUCGCUGGGGUUGUCAUUGCAUCUAUAAUAGUUAUGGUCCCGACAAGCUCAUGUAUAAUCUCGAAAGAUAUAAACUCGCAUAAUAACACAAGUUCAUUCUCAUAUCCGAACGAUGUACACGUUCAACCCGAAGAGACGUAUGAGGUAACCAGGAGUCUAACGGAUAUAAUUUCAAUCAGAACUUAAUAUAGUGCAUGCAAAACGACAAAGAGGAAUUAAGGUUCAACACUUAUCAACAACAGGAAAUGGCAAUGCUUUCAUAUGUACGAAGUUGAUUAAGUGGUCGCUCCAACAAAAUCUAUUGUUUUCAAUUCUAAGUUAAACACUUUCAGCCAUGUUAUAUCAGAUACAAUUUGCUACAUGAGAUGUUAUGGGAAUAGAAUCAAUCUUACAAGAAAAGGACUACGAUGGCACUCAAGCAAUCACAUAGUUUUAUUGUACACCGAUGGACUAAGAUUUGAUCAAUUGUUUGACGCAACUGAUCCCUAAUCCGGAAUCGACAUUGAUUCGACAUUGUCAAAUUUGCGACCAUAUUCAAUACAGAUUGCACCAUUACUAUUUGGUUGGUAACCAAGUUUUUCCAGAGAUUUCAACUAGUUACCUAGCGUGUGACUUCACUUGACCCAGAUUCAAAAUGUGCAUAGAUAUUGUCGGGAUUAACUAUCUAUCAAAGUUU